AUGCCUCCACAAAAAUCAUCCAAUCUCGCAAUCAACCAUAUUGCGAUCUCAUGCGUCGACCUCCCUGCACUUGUCGAAUGGUAUACAGAUGUUCUGGGUUUUGAGCUAGUGGGUGAAGUUCAGCACCACAAACGAUCAGAAGACCCCACACCUUUCGACACGAUUUUUGUUUCGUACCCGCCGUCACUUGAGGAGCUGAAAUUUGCUAUAUUGACCUCUGGAAAUGGGGUCGGCAUAGAGUGCUUCCAGUUCAUUGACCCACCCUGCAAGCCCCGCGACGAGGAAUUCGAAUUUGCUAGAGCUGGAGUCUUCCACAUCUGUGUCACGGACAGUAAUCCGGAAGUGCUGAUGGAAAAGGUGCAUGAACAGGAAGAAGCACCACCACAAGCCGUCUCAUGA